AUGGAUCAGAGAGUCGAUAAUGGGCAGAAAAAGAAAGCAUCCAAUGUGCUCGAUCUCUCAGACUUCGUAACAGAAGUGGACAGAUUUUCUCGACUUAUCGAACCAUUUGCCCUAAUGUUUUACGCAGUUGAUGAUAUCCGCAGAUGGCGCUUUCGCAAAGGAACUGUGCUCCUCUGGUUGCUGUGCAAUGCCGUCUGCAUUUGGUUAACACAAGGUGCUGUGUUUGUACUUGCCUCCAGCUUAGUCAUAGGAAUUGCCACAUUGUCAUUGGUCCAGAUUCACACACAAAUACUGGACAAACUGCUGCCAAGCUACAAGAAGCCAACAAAACUUGGUGAAGAAGAAGAUGGCAGAACUUCAGACACAGGCCAGAAUUUCAAAUACAGCCUGAUUGCCAUGCAUGACUUUGUGGUGAAAAGUAAUGAGUAUCUCAGCUACUUUUACUCCAUACUGAAGUGGGAUGCAGUUGGCCUAUCAGCCAUCUACCACAUUGAAGCUUGUGUCUUCUUGCUCAGCAUUGUCAUGUGUCCUGCCAGGUGGAACUGCUUCUUGUUAGUCAACUGGUUCUUCUUUUGUCACCCACACAUCAUCAGAAUUCAAGGAUUACUGGUCCAAAGUGAAACAGCCAGCAGCGCAGGUAAGGGCAACAGUGGUUCACACAGCUCAAUAGUUUUGUCUCAUCUUCUUUUGCAGAAAGAACAAAUUUCAGAAAAUAAAAAUGAGAAAGAUGAAGACAACUGUGAAGAUUGCUGUCAUGAUGACAAUGACAGUUCGGAUCUGGAUAUGACAGAUAAAGUAGCAGAUGCCUCCAUGAUCAGCCUUGACCCUUCACCUAGUAAACCUGGUAUGGUGGCCAGAUUUAUGGAAAUCAAGAAGCGAAGAAAGCAAAUUUCCAGUGAAAGCUGUCAAGGUUGUAAGGUGUCUUUUGCAUCCAUUUUGAAAAAACGUCUGUACUGUCGACACUGUGGCUACAGUUUUUGUAACAGAUGUUGUUACCAAAUGGUUCCUCGUUCAGUGUUUGGAGCAACUU